AUGGCCACUUCCGCUCCUCAACUUCAAAACAAAUAUGAAGAUUUGUCAGGCGUCAAAACAGACGCAGAUGGCAAUCCGUACAAUGCUCUCAUCAAUGCUUGCGAGGACAAUCCGAUCAAGAUCCAGGCUCUCUACACGACGCACCGCACCACGAGAAAUGCACAGCAGCGAGAGAAAUUCCUAUCCCCAGAUUUCAAGGGACUGAUCAUCGACCCGGUGUUACUGCGCUUGGAGAAGCCUGACAUCGAGCCCGGCUUCAAGGAUGAGCGACACUGCCUUGUGUUUUGGGCCCGACCCCCAGAGCACAUCCUCAAGUUAGCUGCCCAUCUCCAGUCACUGCUGCUCAAAGCAGCUCCCAGUAAGUGCCUUUGGCUUGCUACCAACUUGAUUGAGCCAAGCGCUGAUGUGGUGAGCCGCCUACCCCCAGAUCUGUGGCUGAUGCCACUACACCGCAUGCACAUGACGACCCUAGAGAUUGCCCACUCGAAGACGGCCGAUGAGAUUGCGGGCCUUGUAUCGAAACUCUCGGAUAUCAUUCCCACUCUCACAAGUCUGCCUUCUAUCCGUCGCGCCCGUGUAGUCAAGCCAAUGAUCUCAUAUGACCUGUCCGCCGUAGCAGUGUCUUUUGUGCCGGCUGCCGGGGAAAAGGUCUUGUCCCCUCCCCCCGCGCAGCCGGCCCCAAAGACCGUCCAACACGCUGGUCUCCUAGUAGGCAGCGUCGAAGAGAGCGACCGCUACACGUACCAUCACCUCCGACGGGAUGCCUUCGAUAUCGCGGCCGGGACAGGCACGCCCAUUGGCUCUCGAUACGUGGUUCCCAGUGCGCACAUCACGCUGGCGCGCUAUCUGACCGACAAGGAUCACAAGACGCCGGAGCAGCGGCAGCGUUGGGUGCAGGCGAUUGAAGACAUAAACAGGUGGCUUGAGCAAGAGGUGUGGGAUGUGGAGGACGGAGAGUUCAUCGGCGAGUGGAUUGUGGGCCAGGAAAGAGGCCUCGACUGCCGCUGUGGCGCGCUCUGGUACGGCGGCGGGCGGACCAUCAUGGUGGGCGAAGGAUUCUGA